CUCCUCUUUGGUACAAAGAAACUGGACUGCCAUUGACUGGCCAGAAAUUGGUGCUUCAAGAGUUUUUGAAAAAUGAGGUUGCACCUUCCACUGCUGUUCUUCUUUUUGGCCGUUUCUUCGGCGGAACAGCGGCCAUCCGAAUAUGUGGACGAAAAAUGCAUGGAGAAACAUCCUGUACUCCUGCAUUACUUCUCGUGGGCUGACUACACGGUGCUGGCUACAAUGUUGGUUAUUUCAUGCCUGAUCGGCACAUUCUACGGUUUCUUCGCCAAGAAACAGGAAACCAGCCAGGACUUCCUGCUCGGUGGCUCAAGCAUGGGAACAUUCCCCAUGGCGAUGUCACUGGCUGCUAGUUUUAUCACCGCCAUCGAGCUUUUGGGCAAUCCUGCGGAGAUGUACGAACAGGGUACACAGUUUUGGAUGACCUGUCUGGCUUUUAUUCUCGUCGUGCCUAUUACCUCGUGCCUGUACCUGCCUGUUUAUAUGAAGCUCAGGUUGACCUCAAGCUACGAGUAUCUGAAUCUUCGUUUCAAUCGCCACUGCAGACUGCUCGCCGGCGGGCUCUACAUGCUACAAAUGAUUCUGUACACAUCCGUAGCUGUGUACGCACCGGCGUUAGCUUUAAGUCAUGUCACAGGCUUGAAUACUUAUAUAGCUGUCACUCUAGUCUACGUAGUAUGUAUUUUCUACGCCUCACAGGGUGGAAUGAAGGCCGUCAUAAUGACGGAUACAUUCCAAGCAGUGGUGCUCCUUGGCUCCCUCUUCCUAAUUGUCGGAUACGGCAUAACUUGGGAAGGAGGACUCUCCCCUGUCUGGCGGACCAACGAACAAUCCGGAAGAAUGGAAUUCUUCAAUAUGGACCCUAAUCCAACGGUCCGUCAUAGCUUCUGGAGCGUGGUUAUUGGUGGAACCAUCUACUGGACCACCAUGUUCUGCAGCAAUCAGGCUUCCGUCCAAAAAUACCUCAGUGUUGAGAAUAUUGGUCAAGUCAGAACAGCAUUGUGGGUGUCUGCUUUUGGUAUGAUCAUCAUAUACACCGUGAACUUUUUGACCGGUAUGGUGCUCUACGCCACUUACAAAGACUGUGAUCCACUUCAGGCUGGCUACAUAACCGGCCAGGACCAACUGUUGCCGCUGUACGUGAUGAACUUCAUGGGUAAUCUCAAGGGAAUGCCUGGUUUCUUUGUUGCUGGAAUCUUUGCUGCUUCCUUGGGAACUGUGGCAAGUGCUCUGAACUCACUGGCAGCAAUAACUUGCGAAGAUAUUUUCCAGGGGUUGUUUAAGAUUGAAAUGCCAGCCAGGAAGGGUGCCAUUUAUGCUAGGUGGAUUAGUAUCUUCUUUGGUGCUCUUAGUUUUGCCCUGGUUUUCGUCGUGGAACGUCUUGGAAGCGUUCUUCAGGUUGCAUUAUCAUUCAAUGGCAUGGUUGGAGGCAUCACUCUAGGAUUAUUCUCUUUGGGAAUGUUCAUUCCAUGGGCGAACGCCAAAGGUGCAAUCACAGGUGCCAUCACCAGUUUAGUAAUUAUCCUUUGGAUUGGUUUGGGGGCUCAAGUCGCUGCUUUCAAUGGACAGAUUCAUUUGGACAGCAAACCAGUAUCAAUCAAUGCCUGUCCUUGCAUUAAUACCACAGACAUCACCACCAGCCACUUAGAUAGCAUUCAUGAUGAAGCUUCUUCAAUAUACAAGAUCAGUUAUUUAUGGUACAGUGCAAUUGGAUGCAUCCUGACAAUGUUGGUAGGAGUUGUGGUGAGCUUCUUCACAGGUUUCCAGAAUCCAGCUGAUCUGGAUCAGGACCUCCUCAGCCCACCAAUAGCUUCCCUCUUCCAUAUACAGACCAAACCACAUGUCAAUAAUGUACAAGGCAUCACAAACUUUGGUCUGGAGCUGGAUGAUGAAAAAUCCCAGGUGGAGAACUCCAAAAGUUCAAAGAGUUGA